UUUGAUUCUUUUGAAGCAUCUAAAUCCCGCCAAAGCAUGCAUAUUACACUACAGUGGUCACAAGAUGUUACAUCGUAUCCUUUAUCUUGCAAGGUUCAACCCUUCCCCAUCAAAUUCACCUAACAAAAUCCUACCCUCUUAUGCAUUUUGUUCUAUUUCCUCAAACGAAAUGAACCCCACCAAAAAGUUCAACUUUUCCCAAAUUUUCCAAAAAUGUUCCAACCUUAAGGCUUUGAAUCCUGGCCAACAAGCCCAUGCCCAGAUGAUAGUAACUGGUUUUGUGCCCACUAUCUAUGUUACCAACUGUUUACUUCAAUUCUAUUGUAAAUGUUCUAAUGUGAAUUAUGCAUCCAUGGUGUUUGACAGAAUGCCCCACAGGGAUAUAGUCUCGAGGAACACUAUGAUUUCCGGGUAUGCUGGGAUCGGAAACAUGGGAUCGGCGCAGUCUUUGUUUGACUCGAUGCCUGAGGUUGAGAGAGAUGUGGUUUCCUGGAAUUCUUUGCUCUCUUGCUAUUUACACAACGGCGUUGAUAGGAAGACAAUUGAAAUUUUUAUCGAGAUGAGAUCGCUGAAAAUCCCACAUGACUAUGCUACAUUUGCCGUUGUUCUGAAAGCUUGUUCUGGUGUUGAAGACCAUGGUUUAGGGCUCCAGGUGCACUGUCUUGCUAUUCAGAUGGGUUUUGAGGGUGAUGUGGUGACGGGUAGUGCUCUAGUAGAUAUGUAUUCGAAGUGUAAGAAACUUGACCAUGCUUAUCAGGUUUUCUGUGAAAUGCCGGAAAGAAAUUUGGUAUGUUGGAGUGCUGUAAUUGCAGGCUAUGUUCAGAAUGAUAAGUUUAUUGAAGGACUAAAACUGUAUAAUGAUAUGCUGAAAGCAGGCUUGGGGGUGAGUCAAUCAACCUAUGCUAGUGCAUUUAGGUCUUGUGCAGGAUUAUCUGCAUUUAAAUUGGGCACGCAGUUGCACGGUCACGCUCUAAAGUCUGCUUUUGGAUAUGAUAGUAUAGUGGGAACUGCUACAUUAGACAUGUACGCAAAAUGUGACAGAAUGGCUGAUGCUCGAAAGAUAUUUGACGCACUACCCUAUCCUACUCGGCAAUCUUAUAAUGCUAUUAUUGGGGGAUAUGCUAGGCAACAUCAAGGUCUUGAAGCUUUAGAAAUUUUUCAAUCUUUACAGAAGUCUCGUCACAACUUUGAUGACAUCAGUUUGUCUGGUGCUCUGACUGCUUGUUCAGCAAUCAAAGGCCUUUUGCAGGGGAUUCAACUACAUGGAUUAGCAGUCAAAUGUGGAUUAGAGUUUAAUAUCUGUGUUGCAAAUGCUAUUUUAGACAUGUAUGGAAAAUGUGGAAAAUUGAUGGAAGCUCGGGUAAUAUUUGAUGACAUGGAAAGAAAGGAUGCUGUCUCUUGGAAUGCAAUCAUUGCAGCUCAUGAGCAAAAUGAAGCAGUUGUAAAAACACUUUCACUUUUUGUUUCAAUGCUGCGGUCAACGAUGGAACCUGAUGAUUUUACUUACGGUAGUGUUGUAAAGGCAUGUGCUGGUCAGAAAGCUUUAAACUAUGGUAUGGAGAUCCAUGGAAGAAUCAUUAAGUCGGGAAUGGGGUUGGACUGGUUCGUCGGCAGUGCCCUUGUUGAUAUGUACGGCAAGUGCGGAAUGCUAGUGGAGGCAGAAAAGAUUCAUGACAGGAUAGAAGAGAAAACUAUUGUUUCUUGGAAUUCAAUCAUUUCAGGAUUCUCAUUGCAGAGGCAAGGUGAAAAUGCUCUAAGGCACUUUUCUCGGAUGCUGGAAGUGGGUGUAAUGCCUGACAACUUCACAUAUGCUACAGUUCUUGAUAUUUGUGCUAAUUUGGCUACAAUUGAACUUGGAAAGCAAAUUCAUGCACUAAUCUUAAAGCUACAGUUGCAAUCAGAUGUUUAUAUAGCCAGCACUCUUGUAGAUAUGUAUUCGAAGUGUGGAAAUAUGCAGGAUUCCCAGCUAAUGUUUGAGAAGGCUCCUAAGCGUGAUUAUGUGACUUGGAGCGCCAUGAUUUGUGCAUAUGCAUACCAUGGUCUUGGAGAAGACGCCAUUAAAUUAUUUGAAGAGAUGCAGCUUCAGAAUGUGAAACCAAACCAUACAAUUUUUAUCUCAGUCCUCAGAGCUUGUGCGCAUAUGGGUUAUGUGGACAGAGGGCUGUGUUACUUUGAGGAAAUGCAAAGUCACUAUGGUUUAGAUCCCCAAAUGGAACAUUAUUCAUGUAUGGUAGAUCUACUAGGGAGGUCAGGCCAAGUAAAUGAAGCUUUGAGGCUUAUUGAAAGCAUGCCUUUUGAAGCCGAUGAAGUAAUUUGGAGAACUUUGCUCAGUAAUUGCAAGAUGAAUGGGAAUGUAGAAGUAGCAGAAAAAGCAGCCAAUUCUUUAUUGCAGUUGGACCCUCAAGAUUCUUCUGCUUAUGUUCUUCUGUCAAAUGUAUAUGCUAAUGCAGGGAUUUGGGAUGAGGUUGCAAAAAUAAGAAGUAUAAUGAAGGACUGUAAGUUAAAGAAGGAGCCAGGUUGUAGCUGGAUUGAGGUAAGAGAUGAGGUACAUGCAUUUCUUGUUGGAGACAAGGCACAUCCUAGAUGUGAAGAAAUAUAUGAGCAAACUCAUUUACUUGUGGAUGAAAUGAAGUGGGAUGGAAAUGUUGCGGAUAUUGAUUUCAUGCUUGAUGAGGAAGUGGAAGAACAAUAUCCACAUGAGGGGCUCAAAACCAUCAGCAUAUGCAGUGUGAGAUAAUGCCAGAAUGAUUUCAGAAGAAAGCAGCAGUAACUCUAAAGCAGUGGGCAGGCAAGAUGUGACCAACUUGUAGCAUAAUUGGAUCAGCUUAUUUUUUAUCAAAAUCAAUUCUAGCACCCUCUGGCCGGAGAAUCAAUUAUAGAGGAUUUCCAAACAUGCUAUUGAAGGAAAAGUGGAAGCGAGAUUGGCAUCAUGAUUACCUUAUAAUGAAUGGUGGCUUGAGUUGCACUGAUUCACAUCUAGAUUCCCUUGCAUUGAAUGGUUAAUUGUGUUACUUUGGCCCUCAAAUGGAUGGGACUGCUUGAGGAAAUCUGAGUUUGGCUGGCUAUGGUGGCCUCUUAGGGGUACACCAAGGGUUUGGAUGGUUUAUCCAGCAAUCUGAUCACCUUGGAUAUUCAUCAUCCGCGCAGAUUUGUUACAAGCAAUAUACACGCAGCUGAAGGUGGUCUGGAGGAGAGGAUCCAAGCUUUGUGAAUGUAUAUUUGAAAAGAAAAAAAAUGACAUAUUUGAAUUACAUUCUUUAAGGUUCUUUUCUUUAUUUUAUAAGCCACACUCAUUCUCAUAUCAUGGGAUUGAUACGAACAGAUUCAUGCAAACCAUCAAAGGGAACAAGUGGGUAGAUUUAAAUGGAGGGAACUUUUCAGCAAUGAUACUCUAGCUAAACUUGACUUUGAGCUUGACAGACCAUACAGUAUGUUCUCUAGCACCGAAACUUAUAUAAGACUUACAAAUGGAUUAAAAUCAUGAUUUUGUUAUCAUUUUUUGCUUUUUCUAUGUAUACUGAAAAAUUGUUAUCAAGGCUUGAGCCUGUGAUAUGGAUGUACAGAAAUCUCUAUAUAUUCAACCAGAACGUUACCAGUGA